GGUGUUGGAAUCAAAUUUCAAAAGAGAUAGAGAGAGAUGAAGAGAAUAAUGGAAAUGGAAGAGGAAGAGGUGGAGUUCCUGUCGGCAGUGGCGGCUGCUGAAUCAUUUGCCAAGCGCCGUAAACCUAACCAAGACGAAGCGGAGGGACCCUACACUGCUGCCCUCAAAGGGAGCAAAAGCCGUUUCUGGCAACACAUUAACCCCCUUAAUACCUGGCAGAGCAAGAGCAGAGUUGCUGCUUCAGCUGCAGCGGGAUCAGAUUCAGAGAAGACUUGCCCCUGCGGCUCCGGUCCCUGUUUGAUUCUCACUGCUAAUACUGAAAGGAAUCGCGGCCGCAUGUUCUAUAAAUGUCCUCUCCCACAGGUUCAUUCUCCCUUACUUUACUAUCUUAAAAUCUCUUCCAACAGCUUAUGGCUUGAAAUUCAAGCAAUGGCUUCUGGUUUCUGGCGUAGGAAAAUGGAGGCUGUGGUUUUUUCUUGUGGUGUGACAAUGACAUUGCCUCCCAAACUAAUAACAUUCCUAUGCCUACCAAGAUCUGAUUGUUUAGGGUUUUCGUAAGAGUUUCCCGUGACUUGGUAACUCAAUCUUGGUCCGCGCGCAACCCCCGUAUCACUUAUACCAUAAGAACCGGAUCUGCAUGCUUCAAAUGUGGAAAGGAUGGGCAUUGGGCUAAAGAUUGUCAUGUUUCUUCAUCAGAUUCUCCUGCUGAAAUUGGAGGAAAGCCUGCUAAAUCUGGCACAUGCUAUAAAUGCGGUAAGCCUGGGCACUGGGCCAGGGAUUGCACCUCCAAGAAUGCCGGAAAUGGCUCUAAGUCAGUGUCAAAUUUGGCUAGUUAUUAGUUGACUGUAAAUUCCAAACAUUUCAAGACUACCAGUCUACCACUUGAUGUGUGCUUUGCGCCUUGCCCAACAAACAAGGUGUUUUCUUUUUCCACAUAUCAUGGCCUAGUAUAUUAUACAUUUUCAGCUCGGAAGUCUAUAGAAAGUCAAUAGGGUAAAUCAAACAUUUUGUUAAGUCUUCUAAUUGAAUAUUAUAUUCUGUUCAUUUUUCUAAUAUUUACCAACCGUUAUUAAUUUUACUCUUUUGCUUUCUUAUA